AUGACUCAGGGGAGAAUUGCAGAGCCAGAGGAAGAGGAGCGCAGGUGGCCCUGUAGGAACAGAGCUGGUCACAGGCCAGGAACCCUGACCCCAGCCUCCCAGCGGGAUCAGUGCGUUCCCAGUGGAGACUCUGCCCUGUGUCUUCCUGCUGCAGCUGUCACUCGCUCAAAGUCCACGCUGGAGCUCUGGGGAGUUGUUCUGAGGGAUCAGUUAGCACAGCCGCAGCAGCUGCUGGACUGUCCCCACCCCCUUCAUUCCUGGGAGCUCUGGGAUGGAACCUUUUCUUUGUGUCAGUCUCUCCCAUGGCUGGUGACAGAAGCAGUGAGUGUUCUUGAAUGGAGGCUGUGUUCUCCAAAGCUUGGUAGAGAUCUUUAUCUCUGGGCGUUCAGGCCUCAGGGCCCUGGCCCUCUCCGACUGUUUCCUUCUUCACUCCAGUGGGUGGCCAGCAUCGACGUGGUGGAGAAUGAAGAGGCCAGCGCGAGUGUCGUCGUUAGAAUGACAGACUCGUUUACUGAGCAAGCUGACCAGGUGACUGCUGAUGUCGGGAAGCUCCUGGGUGAAGAGAAGGUGGACGCCAUCCUUUGUGUGGCUGGAGGCUGGGCCGGGGGCAAUGCCAAGUCCAAGUCUCUCUUCAAAAACUGCGACCUCAUGUGGAAGCAGAGCAUGUGGACGUCCACCAUCUCCAGCCACCUGGCCACCAAGCACCUCAAGGAUGGAGGCCUCCUGACCUUGGCGGGUGCCAAGGCCGCCCUGGACGGGACUCCUGGGAUGAUCGGCUACGGCAUGGCCAAGGGCGCCGUCCAUCAGCUGUGCCAGAGCCUCGCGGGGAAGAACAGCGGCAUGCCGCCCGGGGCUGCGGCCAUCGCGGUGCUGCCGAUUACCCUCGACACCCCGAUGAACAGGAAGUCCAUGCCCGAGGCCGACUUCAGCUCCUGGACGCCCUUGGACUUCCUCGUGGAAACCUUCCACGACUGGAUCACAGAGAAAAACCGGCCAAGCUCAGGGAGCCUGAUCCAGGUGGUGACAACGGAGGGGAAGACGGAACUUACCCCCGCGUAUUUUUAAGCUUCAUCUCAGUGCCUGCGAGGGGCCUGCCAGAAAAGGCAGCGUAUCUCAGUGUAGCCGCGUCUGGCCCCGUGUUUUCUGUAGUCCUGUUUGUGGUUCGAGAUGGUGACACCUGUUUUUCUCUCACCUAAUGUGCAUUUGCUUUCCCAAGACAAAAUGUAAAGUGUUCAUGUGAAAUAGAACCGUGUGUGUGGAGGCCUACAGGUGGCGCUGUGGUCCAUCUGUAUUAACCACCUAGGUUUGGGUCCCUCUGGGUGGGCGUCACGUUGAGUGGCUUUUGAAACUGUUUAUCUGCCCCUGACAGUGACUGUCGGCUUGACUGGUUCAGAGAUUUGUUGGCAUUGGGGACAUUUGAGUGUUAUGUUUCUGUCACAGAUGUAGUUUUUGCAGCGUUGAAUUAAACUGCCUUAAAACUCCUUUUGUGGUAUAAGCGGAAUCCGUGGACUCUGUCAGGCAUCUUUUCCCUGUGCGGUCGCCACUCGUGAUGACUUGGAGUUAUCUUCCUAAUAAAUGCACUUCGUUGAUUGUG